GUAACUCCUCAUUUCGGAGAAAAAAACCUGAUCUCUCUCUCUCUCUCUCUCUCUCUCUCUCUCUCUCUGUGAUUUCAGGAAAAUGGCUGAGGCCAGUAUUUCAGUAGCUCAGGACCAGUUCAGGUGUCCAGUGUGUCUGGAUCUCUUGAAGGAUGCGGUGACUAUCCCCUGUGGUCACAGUUUCUGUAAGGUGUGUAUUAAUGGCUGCUGGGAUCAGGAGGAUCAGAAGGGCGUCUACAGCUGUCCUCAGUGCAGAGACACUUUCACGACAAGGCCUGUUCUACGCAGAAACAACAUGCUGGAUGAAGUGGUAGAGAAACUGAAGAAGACUGAAGUCCAAGCCGCUUCUCCUGCUCACUGUUACGCUGGACCUGGAGAUGUGGAGUGUGAUUUCUGCACCGGGAGAAAACACAAAGCCGUCAAGUCCUGUCUGAUGUGUUUGGCUUCAUUUUGUGAAAUUCAUCUGAAACCUCAUCUUGAAGACCCUACUUUGAAAAAACACACUUUAAUUGGAGCCUCAGCAAAACUCCAAGAGAAGAUCUGCUCUGAACAUAACAAGCUGAUUGAGAUCUACUGUCGCACUGAUCAAACCUUCAUCUGUUAUUUGUGUACGAUGGAAAAUCACAAAGGUCACGACACCGUCACAGCCGCAGCAGAAAGAGCUGAGAAACAGAGUGAGUUAAAGGAGGAGCAGAUGAAAUCCCAGCAGAGAAUCCAGGAGAAGCAGAAGAAGGUGCAGGAGCUGAAACAGGCUGUGAACACUAUAAAGCUCAGUGCACAGAGAGCAGUGGAGGACAGUGAGAGGAUCUUUACUGAGCUGAUCAGCUCCAUGGAGAAAAAGCGCUGGGAGGUGACGGAGCUGAUCAGAGAUCAGGAGAAGGCUGAACUGAGUCGAGCUGAACGACUCCUGGAGCAACUGGAGCAGGAGAUUGCUGAUCUUCAGAGGAGAGUCACUGAGCUGGAGCAGCUUUCACACACACACGAUCACAUCCAUUUCCUCCAGGUUUUAGCUUCUGGACGUCAGUCUCCUCCAUUUCUCAGACCAAAUUUUUGCAAAUCUGGGAUCACUGUCCAUCAACAUCUCUCAUUUGAUGGAGUGAGGAAUUCUCUCUCAGAUCUGAAAAAGAGACUCGAGGAAUUCUGUGAGGAGGAAUUCAACAAAAUCCCUCCACAUGCUGCAGCAGUUCAGAUCAUUUCAGAACCAGAACCACAGAGCAGAGAAGAGUUUCUGAAAUUUUGUUUUUUCUCUGUGAUUUUAGAUUUCUGUUAUCUGACUCUGGAUCCCAACACGGCAAAUUAUAACCUCAUUCUGUCUGAGAAGAACAGAGCGGUGAGAGACAGUGAGAGAAAGCAGCCUUAUGCUGAUCAUCCAGAGAGAUUUGAUUACUGGGAGCAGGUGUUGUGUAAGGAGAGUGUGUGUGGACGCUGUUACUGGGAGGUGGAGAGGAGUCGUGAUGGAUUUGUGUUCAUAUCAGUCUCAUAUAAAGACAUCAGCAGGAAAGGACCAGGUACAGAGUGUUGGUUUGGAUUCAACAAUCAGUCCUGGAGUCUGUGGUGUUCUUCUUCUUCGCUCUCUUUCUGGCACAACAACAUUAAGACUGAUCUCAGAGUUCCAUCACCCUCCAGAAUAGGAGUGUAUGUGGAUCACAGUGCAGGAACUCUGUCCUUCUACAGCGUCUCUGACACGAUGAAGCUCCUCCACAGAGUCCACACCACAUUCACUCAGACUCUAUACGCUGGGUUUGGGUUCGACUGGGUUUCUGGUUCUACUGUGAGAUUGUGUGAUCCAGAAUAAAAAAGUGUGGAGUGUUUUUAUGUAAAAUUCCUGCACAUUGCUACGUUGUUGUUCAGUCGUCUGUUUCACGAGAACACAAUCCAGCUGCACAAUCGGUUCAGGCUGCCGAUGUCGUGUUCAUCCCAUAUUCAGCCUGGAUGAUGAUUGGCCCACAGAUAGAACCUUAUAAAUCCAGGUUUCUUUGUGAGUUUGGGAUUUUUAUUCAAAUAUUACAAUCAAAGCUUUGCAGAAUAAAAGAUAAGAGCACAGGAGAAUAAAGUUUCCCCCAGUGAUGGAGUUUCUGUGCUGAACUCAUUUUCAGACAGAAGCUUUUAAUACUGAGGUCAGGAUGUCAGCAAGCCGCUGGAUUGAUACGCAACGGGGGUUUUUCUCCACUUUGGAUGGAUAUUUUUAGAUUAUUUAAUCUGUGGGAAAUAACUACAGUGUCUUAAAUAUGUGUUUGUGAAAAUCACUGUAAACCUACAACUGACUUUUUCCUCCAAAAAACAUCUCUUUUAAUGUUG